GUACACUGCGAAUUUGAAUGUGGCCAUAAAGAAACUCAGGUCAUCAGAUGGAGGUGAAUCGUUUGAAGCGGAGGCCACGAACUUACUUCGUGCUCAACAUCCGAAUAUUAUAAGAUUAUACGGCAUUUCAAUAAAAAAAUGUGAAGAUCAAACAAGUAACAGACUGGUUAUGGAAUAUGCUGACAAUAAAUCUCUCGAUGAGUACAUACAUAAUAACAAGAACAAAACGAUUACAAAAUCACAUCGUCAAAAUCUAAUGCUUCAGUGCGCCGAGGGAGUCGCUUAUCUUCAUAGUCUGACACCCUUGAUACUGCACCGCGACCUGAAACCCGCAAAUAUUUUACUUACAAAUAACUAUUGUACGCUAAAGAUUUGUGAUUUCGGAACGGCACGAGAACUAGGACCAGAAAUGACAGCCGACAAAGGAACUAAUGUGUAUAGGGCACCAGAAAUCCGCCACAAUCAAUACACUGAAAAAUGCGAUGUCUACAGCUUAGCACUUAUACUGUGGGAAGUAAUGUCUGGGAAAAAACCCUUUCAUAAAACUGAUCCUGCAUAUACUGACGCUGGGAUUCCAUACCAAACGGUUAGAGGUGUUCGACCAGACUUGAAGGAUUUGAAUUUCUGUGAGAAUGUAGAAAUUAUGAAAGACCUAAUUGAACAGGGCUGGGAUGGAGAGCCGU